UACAUAGCAAAACACAUUCAUCAAUCACAAUUUCACAACAAUGACAUUCUUACUUCACCUCAAAACCACAUUUCUCACUUUAUUAUUCUUGUCAUUCUCAACCUUCAUUGCUCAUUCCCUAGUUCCACAAAAUGAAACCUUCAAAUUUGUAAAUUCAGGUGAACUAGGACCAUUCAUAGUAGAAUAUGGAGCUGAUUAUAGAAUGAUAAGCAUAUUCAAUUCUCCAUUCCAAGUUGGUUUCUACAAUACAACUCCAAAUGCAUUCACUCUAGCCCUUCGAAUCGGGCUUCAACGAUCCGAACAACUUUUUCGAUGGGUUUGGGAAGCAAAUAGAGGCAACCCAGUUGGUGAAAAUGCAACAUUUUCAUUAGGUGUUGAUGGAAAUCUUGUGUUGGCUAAUGAAGAUGGUAGAAUUGUUUGGCAAACCAACACUUCUAAUAAAGGUGUUGUUGCCUUUAGGUUGUUGUCAAAUGGUAACAUUGUUUUAAUUGAUUCUAAAGGUAAUUUUGUUUGGCAAAGUUUUGACCAUCCUACAGAUACCCUUUUGGUGGAUCAAUAUUUAAAGCCUAAUGGGCCUUCAAAACUUAUUAGUAGGCUUUCAGAAAAGGAAAAUUUAAAUGGGCCAUAUAGUUUGGUUUUGGAGCCCAAAGGGUUGGCUUUGUAUUACAAAAGUCAAAAUUCACCUAGGCCAAUUCUUUAUUGGUUUUCAUCUGAUUGGUUUUCAAUUGAAAAGGGGUCAUUGGAAAAUGUCACACUCAAAUCUGAUUUAGACACUUUUGAGAUUGGAUUUGAUUUUUUUGUUGCCAAUUCUUCAACUUUUGGUAAUAGAAUUAUUGGUAGGCCAGUGAAUAAUAGUACCUUGACAUAUCUUAGACUUGGAAUUGAUGGUAACAUUAAAUUUCACACUUAUUUCUUAGAUGUACGUGAUGGUGUUUGGCAAGUGACAUACACUCUCUUUGAUAGAGAUUUUGACGAGAGUGAGUGUCAAUUGCCACAAAGAUGUGGAAAAUUUGGGCUUUGUGAGGAAAAUCAAUGUGUUGGUUGUCCAUUAGAAAAUGGAAUAUUUGGGUGGAGCAAUAAAUGUAGUGCUAAGCCUAUAGCAACAUGCAAAGAAAGUGAAUUUCAUUACUACAAAAUUGAAGGAGUUGAGCAUUAUAUGAGCAAAUACACUAAUGGUGAUAGUGUAAGUGAAGCUAAUUGUGGAAAUAAAUGUACCAAAGAUUGCAAGUGUGUAGGGUAUUUCUACCAUAAGGAUAAGUCAAGGUGUUGGAUAGCUUAUGAUCUACAAACUCUUACUAGAGUGCCAAAUACUACACAUGUGGGUUUUAUUAAGGUGCCUAAUAAGUAAUAAGAUAAUAGGAAGCUCUUGGUAUUGCAUUUAAAUUGUAUCAAUUUAAUAUAGUUAUUUUCUAAUAGUUGUUUUUAGGUUGCAAUAAUAAAAGUUGUGGUUUUGUCACCGUUCUCCACUUGGAGAAGGGAACGUGUGUAAAAUGAAUAAAUAAAAGUGUGUAAUGAAUUUGUGAUUGUUUGUCUUAAAAAUGCAAUUCAUAUUCUUCUCUUUUUCC